CGCGCACGUCACGACACCAAACCUCGGUCAGAUGUAAGGUGGACCACGCGACAUAAACAAUCAGGAACAGGGUUAAAUUGACCCUGGUCUGCCACCUGGUGUGGAGGCCUUGCUGGGUGGAAGGAAACAUGAUGAGCGGGAAAAGCCUACUCCUGAAGGUGAUACUACUGGGGGACGGUGGAGUGGGCAAGUCCUCACUAAUGAACCGCUACGUCACGGACCGCUUUGACUCCCAGUCCUUCCACACCAUUGGCGUGGAGUUCCUAAACCGGGACCUGGAGGUGGACGGGCGCCUGGUCACUCUUCAGAUCUGGGACACAGCCGGCCAGGAGCGCUUUAAGUCUCUGCGUACGCCCUUCUACCGAGGCGCCGACUGCUGCCUGCUCACGUUUGCUGUGAACGACCUGCAGAGCUUCCAAAACCUCGGCUGCUGGAAGAAGGAGUUCAUGUACUACUCGGAUGUUAAAGACCCGGAGCGGUUCCCCUUUGUGGUGCUCGGCAACAAGGUGGACAUGGAGCAGAGGGAGGUGGGGGAGGACGAAGCACGGGCCUGGUGCGAAGAGACCGGCUGCUGCCCUUACUUUGAGACCAGUGCCAAGGAUGACACUAACGUCACAGCUGCGUUCGAGGCAGCUGUCAGGGAGGUUCUGGCUGCUGAGGACCAGAUUGACCACGCACUACUGGGUAGUGCUAUCGAUCUACAUGGCAACCGCAAAAACUCCCGUGCGUCUUGUUGCUGAUUGGUUCAGGUGUGAAUCCACCUUGUCUUAAUCUCUUUGGCUGAAACUCGCCCAUUGUUAUAAUGGUAAACGUGCUGUAGGUACAAGGUAAUAUGUACGGUAUCCCCUAAAGAUAAUGUGGAUAAGACACAGCUGCUCUGUGGAGCGCUGUGUCGGGGGUUCAGCUGGAGUCAAGGUUGAAUUACUGCUCUAACCACGGUACAGGCACACUGUAACGGGCACUCACUUCCUUUGUACUCUUAUCUGCUUUCAGUUGUGAUGCACAAAAACAUUUCUGCCCAGCUUCAGCUUGGUCUGCCUAUGCAGGAGUUGUAUCAAAUAGUGCUUUCAGAGCAUUUCUCUUUAAAUGAAAUAAUGAAACUGUGGUUGGGAGAAUACGCCGCCACUCUCUUGACGAGCACACUCUACAGCAACAUACAGUCGAACUUGUAUCUGCUCAACAGUCUGUCCGUGAGCUGGUUUUCCUGGGUUUUAGAGGGACUUUGAAUACGUCACAUUUUCUUGUUUUUAGAUCUUUCAGCAGAGAGAUGGUGUCUGUGAGUGACAGUGUUCCUAACCCAGGCAGAUAUUAUGCAUGAGAACUCCCAACAUGUGAUUUUAGGUACGAGGAAUUUCAAAUGAUUGCUACUCACAAAAGCAGGAUGACCUUGCUUGUCUUCAAUGGGAAGGGAACUGAAAGCUUUAAUUUUGCAGCUCUUGCUGUCAGCAUUGGGUACGUGCUUUUGUGGUGCCCUUAUCCAGUUGUCUAUUAUAUGUGUUAGCACUGCACUAGUGUGUAGCUGGAGGUGUCAGGUGUACGAGUUUGGCAUUAUCAGAUUAUUUCCCAUUAUUAAUGUACAUGGGCCUGUUUACUAUAAGUAAGGUUCAGUGUUUCUCGAAGUUAAAAAAUAAUACUGCUUUUGCUGCUGCUGUUGAUAAACUGCUGUUUAUUUUUCUGUGAAGCACAUUUUCAUCCUAUUGUUUUUUGCAGACAUUGUGUAAUAGUCCGUUUAGAUUUGAUUUCUGGGUUGAUUUUAGUCUGUUUUCCUGAUGUAUAGACGCGGUUAUAAUUUUCUUAAUCAUCAAUCAUUUUCAUAAUAUUGGCACGUUUGUAAUCCUGUGACUGCUUCGUUGAUCGCGUGGCAGGCUUUAACAUUCCAGUCCUUUAGCUUUGCCUCUGUUGAAGGUCUCCUGUGCUUCACCGAUACAUUACGUACACCUUGUGCUGUCUGUCUGGCUAUUCCAGGUCUCAGCUGAAGGUGAAGUAACCUGAGCACAAGGAUAAGGCUGUUACUAAUAAUGCAUGCAUUGUGCGUCACCUCUCCUGUCCAUUCAUAAAGUAUUGUGAAGCAUAUAUAUUCUGACAAUUGAACAAUGUUUACUUGUUUUCCCCUUGGUGAUACUUUACUUUCAUUUGAAUGUGUUUACAUACAGGCUUCCUUUGGUUUUACUGCUAUGGGCCAUUCAGGGCAUUGCCUGUGUAGUCCAAAAAAAAAUCAGCUGAUA